AUGAUAGUAGAUGAAGAUGUUAGUAACGGUUCAUUUAUGAUAGUAGAUGAAGAUGUUAGUAAUGGUUCUUUUAUGAUAGUAGAUGGAGAUGCUAGUAAUGGUUCUUUUAUGAUAGUAAAUGAAGAUGUUAGUAAUGGUUCUUUUAUGAUAGUAGAUGGAGAUGCUAGUAAUGGUUCUUUUAUGAUAGUAGAUGAAGAUGUUAUAGAUGAAGAUGUUAGUAACGGUUCAUUUAUGAUAGUAGAUGAAGAUGUUAGUAAUGGUUCUUUUAUGAUAGUAGAUGGAGAUGCUAGUAAUGGUUCUUUUAUGAUAGUAAAUGAAGAUGUUAGUAAUGGUUCUUUUAUGAUAGUAGAUGGAGAUGCUAGUAAUGGUUCUUUUAUGAUAAUAGUUGAAGAUGUUAGUGAUGGUUCUUUUAUGAUAGUAGAUGAAGAUGUUAGUAAUGGUUCUUUUAUGACAGUAGAUGAUGAUGUUAGUAAUGGUUCUUUUAUGACAGUAGAUGAAGAUGUUGGUAAUGGUUCUUUUAUGACAAUAGUUGAAGAUGUUAGUGAUGGUUCUUUUAUGAUAGUAGAUGAAGAUGUUAACAACAAUGGUGUCAAGGAUACUGGUGGUGACGUGCUUAACAACGUAAAUCCACCAAAUGACGUGUUCAUUGAGGCUUGUGUCCUUCUAUAUAAAAACAGAUAUCGUGAUGGUAUUGUUGAAGGAAGGUGA